GAAAUUCUUUAUAGUAUCUACUGAUUUGAAAAUAUAACAUGUGGAGUAUUAUUAAUAUUUUUUUUAAUUUGCUAAAAAUAACAAGCUUUUUUCCAUGACUACAGUUACAAAUGGUUUAUUUUUUCCUGUGUUGGUUGAAUAUAGUUUUGAGAAAUAAGGCUCAAUGUUUCUUCAAUAACUAAAUAGGCUCACUAUUAUUACUUCCAUAGUUGGUCUUUGUGUAUUGAAGUCAGUUUAACACUUCCUGAUCUUCACUAGUCACAGUUAAAUGCAAUAAAUUAAAAUAAUAUAAUUGGAUUUGACCAAGAAAAAAAGAGGGACACAGAUGAGGAAGCAAACCACUGAGAUUCAAUAACGACAGAGAUGGAGGCUGAUCAACUAGACUUAUAUCAACUUACAAAACAAAUGCUAUAAAUUAAACAACAAAAAAACAUGGUCAUCAAAACCAAUCCGUACAUCAAAUUUAUAAACGAGUUUGGAGCUAAACUGGAAGUAGAGAGAGGCCGGUGAUGUCAGGAUGACGUCCUUGUUGUUCCCAAGAAACAGCAGCCAAGGAGUGGAUGGUACAUGUGACCAUCGGGAAGAAACAGAGGCUAAAAAAGGAGGGCGUCCAUACCUCUUUAGCCAUCCAAACAUAGCGUAGCAAACAUCAUUCUCAAAGACAUUGCGAAUGCAAUUCUCUUCUUGUAUUUAAUGAUUUUGUAAUCAUUUUUAUUAUAAUGGUUGCUUAUAUUCAUUUAAACUCGAUAUGAAAUAAAAAAAAUGCAGUUAUAAGCCCAUUACUAGGCCCAACAAGGAAAGUCUCACUCUUCAGCCCGCAUAUUUUCCCGCGCUUUUAUUGACAACACUUCUUGUUUAGUGCUGCCGAGAGAGUAAGAAAACGUCGAAGAAGUUAGAAAAAUGGAGGUGAUACGAUCUCAGAAGCGGACAGCCUCCAACGACGUCGUUUCGAAUCCCAAGAUCCCGCUCUAUCUCACGGCUCCUCCGUUGGAAGUCCGAUUAGAAGAGUUCGAGCUCUUCGCCAUAGAUCGCUUACGAGUUCUGAAAGGGGUGUCAGAUGGAUUAGCCCGUGGGAAAAACCCAAAGGAGAUGGAUGAUGUGGUGGACGCGUUGUGGAAAGAACAUAUGAGACAUUCUGAUGCGUCUGAGAUGUUAAACAAGGAUAUCAUCUCGCAUUUCGUUAUACGUCUCGUUUAUUGCAGAUCGGAUGAGUUGAAGAAAUGGUUUCUUAGCAUGGAGACUGCUCUUUUCCGACACAGGUUCCGCCUUCGGAACUUUGAAGCUCAGAGAGCUAUUGUAGGAGAGUUUGGACUACCGUAUAAGGCAGUCACAGGAGCAGAGCUUGAGGUAACUGUUGGUUCCAGGACUGUGGUGUAUGUUCUUUCCUCUUGGUGGUUAUAUGUAGAAUCCAAAUAUUUGUAUUUUCUUGACCAUUUUCAGAGUUUGAAGGAGAGAUUGGGGCAAGUCGUACGUUCACUGGGUCAAAUUUCACCUUCUGUUGAAGCCGUAUACUAUAAGGUUCCUUUUGAAGAAGUUCCUGACCUUGUAGCUGGCCGGAGAGUACUUAUACAGAAAGGCCAUGCCUUUGUUGCUGGCAGUCAGUUGGUUUCCCUUGUUGUCACACAAUUUCGAUCUCAUAUAUCAAAAGCCCUCAUUCUGACAAACAGAAAAUGGAUGACUACCAUUCGAGAGCGAGAAAAAGACAGACUGACUCCAAUAGUGGAAGCGUUAUCUACAACCUACGUGGGUCCUGAUUAUUCUCAGUCAAGUGAGUACGCUGACAUAUCACUCAAGGACAUUGAUCAAGUUUCCAAGAGUUCCUUUCCACUUUGUAUGAGGCAUCUAUUUGAAAAACUUCGAGAAGACCACCAUCUAAAACAUGGAGGAAGAAUGCAACUGGGUCUGUUUUUGAAGGGUGUGGGUCUGAAGCUGGAUGACGCCCUAGCAUUUUGGAGAGCAGAAUUCUCAAAAAAGGUUGGCUCUGAGAGAUUUGAUAAAGAGUAUGCGUAUGGCAUUCGCCAUAACUACGGGAAGGAAGGCAAGAGAACGGAUUAUACCCCUUAUGCUUGUCAGAAGAUCAUUUCAUCUGCUCCUGGCGCUGGGGAUCAUCAUGGCUGUCCUUAUCGACAUUUCAGUGAGGAUAACCUGAGAGCAGCACUUGGUAGAAUGGGAUUGAGUUCUCGUGGAAUGGAAGAUGUAAUGGAUAAAGUGCGCAACAAACACUUUCAGCUUGCAUGCACAUUGACCUUUGAAGCUGUUUAUGGUACAUCGUGUGAUGUUGGUAUCAACCAUCCAAACCAAUACUUCGAGGAGAGUCAGAAGAUUUUGAAAUCCAAGACGCCAGCUGCUCCGGUUUAAUCCUUCUCCUUUGUAUGUGUUUAAUGUAGUAGAUUAUGAAGCCAAGUUGAAAACUAAAGUUGAUGGAAAAGCUGUUUGAUUAUAUAUUUAUCGUUUCAUAAAAAAUAAGCCUAUUUACUUACUGUCCGAAAA